UAUACCAUGUGACCUUAUCUUAUCAACCAACAUGGCGGCGGAAGAGGAGUUCCCUGCCGUGGUGGAACUGAAUAUCGGUGGCCACCACUUCACCACGUCUUUGGCGACUCUUCGCAAGUACGAGGACUCCAUGCUCGCCGCCAUGUUUAGCGGGCGCCACCACCUCGUCAAGGACAAGGACGGUCGCUACUUCAUCGACCGCAACGGAAAGCAUUUCGUGUACGUCCUGGAUUUCAUUCGCCACGGGGAACCUCCGCCAGCCGAUCUCGCCAAGCAGGUUUACAAAGAAGCCCAAUUCUACGGCAUUGAGAAGUUGAAGAACUGUCUGGAGGGGAUGCAGCCAAUCAUCGGCGAGCAGUUCCGUCAGAAGUUUAUCGACUACAUUCCGAACUACCGGGACAACGUGAACUCUAUGAUAACGCUUGCGGUGGGGCGAGCUGACGAAGUUUUAGCCAGAUUUCGCUACGGUAUGAUUCGGAUCUGCAUCUGUACGCAGAAGCAAGACCGGAUCCCGUUCACGCGCUGCAAAAUCGAGAAGAAGGCGGAUUUUCACUUCGACGUGUCCGAGCAGGAGUGGUCUGCGGAGGAACUCGUGCAGUGCAUUGCUCGCGAUGUCGAAGAGAAGGGAUACGAGAUUGACUAUACGCUACAGGAGUGCAUCUGCGGUUGGUGCAUCCCUGGAAAAAACUUGUACGACGUGCAAUUCAAGCUGUGGUAAAAUGGAACAGCAUUGGACACUUGUAUCAAGUAACAAAUGUUUUAAAGAUCAAAUGAUCAAGCCAGGGCCUACUAAUAUAAAUACUGAAAAAAUAUUGUGUUUCCUGUUUUUCCUUCCAAAAAUUAAGGUUGGUAGGUAGCUUAUAAGUUAUAGGGAUCAUCUUUUUUUAUAGAAUUUGGCCAAAACUUUUUUAGGAUACAAUACUGUUUUUAAAGUAAAACUGAAAAGCAUAAAGACACUUGUAUUUUCAAUGGCAGACUUUAAUUUUUGUGCAAAUGGUUACAGAUCUGUGGAUUACAUUUAACCUUUAUUACAAAGGAAAAGCAUUUUUUUUUACUUGCAUAGUCGAAAGCAGUCCGAACGAAAAUUCUAACUGGAAACUUAGACUGUCAGACUCCUCUGCCCACCCAAACAAAGUCUAGGGUUGGCAGGUUUUUCUAGGGUAGGUCAAGAAACAGGAAACACAACAUUUUCUUCCUUAGCAUUUCUUAUAAUAUAUAUUGUAUGUAACGUUAACUAAAAUGUGAUGUAUGUUAUAUUAUUUUAUAAAAAAGAUGGGUUAGAUUUUACGUAAUUACUUACUUCAAAGCCAUAUCAGAGUAUACUCUUGUGGAAAACAUGUUGUAACAACAAAACUUGGUGCAAUGCUUUUGAAAGGGUUAGUGAUCACUCAGACUUUUAGACCUUCAUUGGUAACAUUCCGGAGUUAGGAAAGUUUAGAGAUUGAUUGUGAGUACCAGGAAGUUCUGUUGAGCAGGCUUUUAGCUAUGAUUUUAUCAUAGGGGUCGAAAUUUCCUAGUAACUGCUGAGAUUCACCAAGCUGCGAACGCUACAGGCACAAGUUUUGUAGGGGGUCAGGGGGCAUCGACCUUCCAUGGUAAUGAGAUUUAGAGAAUCUUAAGUUAAAAACAUGCAUUCUGAGGUAUCCUGAGGGGCAAAAUUACUGUCAAAGAGAUCACAGUCUUCAACUGUGUCCUAGUGGCAUCCCUGGUCAAUUAGAAUUUCAUGCUUGUCAGAGGAUUUGCUCCCCAGUGUAAGGGUCUCUUCAGAGCAUCUAGUGCGUCCAAUUUCUUACUAUUUUUAGAACAGUGCGUCAUAUUGAUGCCUGGACGCAUGCCUGGCUAAAACUUAGUAAAAGCCUGUUGUUGAGUGAUGGUAUAAAUGAUAUCGAAAUUUAUGUUUGCAUUAAACAAGUCUACAUAUCAGAAACAAGAAAAAUAUGCCAUGCAUAAUCUACUAUCUUCAAUGAAAGAUCUUUAGGGUGACAAUAGAAAGACUAUUCUACAUUGUGCACAUGUUGUUGGCUGUCGAUAUUUCAUGUAAAAUUAUAAUUUUUGUUACAAACAGUGGUGUUAAAAGAGUUACAGGAUUUACUAUCUUUUUUUUUGUGGGAAAAAAUUUGUGGAAAUCAUUGAUUUAACUUGUCAGAAAAUGCUCUGAAAGAAAGAAAGAGACAUACAGUAUAAUCUUGUUUUUUUUUAGUUGUACUACAUAAAAGAUAGAAACAAGCUUACUGUUACCUGUUUCAUCUUUGAAAUGUUGUGUAACAAAAUUAGCUUGUAUAGUGAUAACCCGUGUCUAAAUGUUAGAUAUGAAUGGUAUAGAUUUGCACUUUUGUAUCAAAUUAAACCAUGAUGGAAAUUGCAUCUGUAGGAAUAUGUAUUAUUUACAUUGGGACUUACUGAGAAUAAAAUUGCUCCACAUGAAACAAUG